AUGUUGUCCAAGCAAGCACAAAGGGCACUGAUUGGAUGGGAGGCGCACAGCCCCAGAAUAAUCACAGCAUCCUUUAGAACCAAGCAGAAGAAGGUUAAGCUCAACAUCAUCCAGAGUUACACUUCAACCAAUGAUUCUGAUACAGAAGACAAGGACGAGUUUUACAAUAGACUGCAGAAAAUCGUAGAGACAUUCCGAGCCAGAGACAUCCUCAUCCUUGUGGGAGGAUUGGACCCGACAAUACAGGAUAUGAACAAGUCAUGGGGAUACAUGGACUGUGAGUGAUGAACGAUAAUGGGGAGAGAUUUGUGGAAUUGUUUGCACUCAACAACCUGGUCAUUGGAGGUAGCAUCUUUCAUCACAAGCGGAUGCACAAAAACAGUGUGACAGAGAACCAGAUUGACCAUAUCUGCAUUAGCAAGAUUUUUAGAAGAUCCCUGCAGGACGUUAUAGUUAGAAGACGAGCAGAUGUGGCAUCCAACCACCACCUAGUAGUAGCCAGCAUGCAGCUGAAGUUAAAAAAAAACUGGAUGGAAACAACACAGUGUAGAGUGAAGUAUGAUGUCAGUUGAAGAACAAGUUUGAAGAACAAGUUUGAGGUGUUACAUGAGCUGCACGAGAAAGGGGAAAGAAUCGGUGUACAGGCCAGCUGGCAGACAAUAAAAGAUACACUGAGAACAGCCUGUCAAGAAGUGGUCGGAGCAAAGAAACAUCACCACAAAGAUUGGAUCACACCUGAGACCUUGGGCAAGAUAGAAGAGAGAAAACAGAAGAAGGUGGCAGUAAACAACAGCAGGACUAGGGUAGAAAAAGCCAAUGCCCAAGUGGAAUACGCAGAAGUCCACAGAGCAGUGAAGAAGAGCAUUAGGAAGGACAAGAAAGACUACAUAGAUGGACUGGCAGCUGAAGCAGAACAGGCAGCAUACAACGGCAACAUGAAACAGCUGUACAACACGACUAAGAAACUGUCUGGGAAGUACAGCACGCCAGAACGAACCGUCAAGGACAAGGAGGUAAAGGUGAUCACUAUACUAGCGCAGCAGAUGAAUAGAUUGUCUGAACACUUUAAGGAGCUCCUGAAUAGACCAGCACCACUAAAUCCACGAGACAUCAACCCAGCCAACGAAGAUCUCCCCAUCAACUGCAGCAAGCCAACAAGAGAAGAGAUCAGGAAGGCCAUCACCUUAUGA